ACCUUCCCCUUCUCGCGUAGCACCCACAUCCAAAAAAAAGAAGAGUAACCUCGAUUUGUUGAUCUGCCGCUGGUCUCGAUCUCCCACCAAAGAUCUCGAGAAAGAGAGAGAGACGCAUUGAAAAAAGGCUGCGGCUUUUGGUCUUUAUUACUCUAUUUUCCUGUUUGGUUUCACAGUAAAAAAAAAUCUCGAGAUGUGUUGAGCUUUAUCAUGUUGGGAUAAUCUCCGGUUGAUUGAUUCUGUCGGAAAGGUUUCUUUGUUUUAUUAGAAUUUCGAUAUCUCCGAGGACUUAAGCUUCGGAGAUGAGUUGGUGUUGUUUGCCUUGCUUUGGAUCUUCUGCUAAAGACGCUGAUUCGAAAGAUUCGUUGAAGAAAGAAGUUUCAGCUAAAGACGGCUCUGUUACUCAGCAGUCUCACCGUGCCAGCUUAGACAAAUCAAAGUCUCGAGGAGGUUCUGAACAUAAGGAGCUAACCGCUCCAAAAGAAGGGCCAACCGCUAACAUCGCUGCACAAACGUUUACUUUCAGAGAGUUAGCUGCCGCCACUAAGAACUUUAGACCGGAAUGUCUUCUUGGAGAAGGAGGCUUCGGACGUGUUUACAAGGGCCGUCUAGAGAGCACAGGACAGAUAGUAGCUGUUAAGCAGCUAGAUAGAAACGGUCUACAAGGAAACAGAGAGUUUCUGGUAGAGGUUCUCAUGCUGAGCCUUCUGCAUCAUACCAACCUUGUGAAUUUGAUUGGCUAUUGCGCUGAUGGUGACCAACGUCUUCUUGUUUACGAGUAUAUGGCACUAGGCUCCUUGGAAGAUCACCUACACGAUCUUCCACCAAGUAAAGAGCCUCUGGACUGGAACACGAGGAUGACAAUAGCUGCAGGAGCAGCUAAAGGACUUGAGUAUUUGCAUGAUAAAGCAAACCCGCCUGUGAUCUACAGAGACUUGAAAUCAUCUAAUAUUCUUCUAGGAGAUGGCUAUCACCCAAAGUUAUCUGAUUUCGGGUUAGCUAAGCUAGGUCCUGUGGGGGAUAAAACACACGUCUCAACUCGUGUUAUGGGCACGUAUGGCUACUGUGCACCAGAAUACGCCAUGACAGGGCAACUGACGUUGAAAUCAGAUGUUUACAGCUUUGGAGUUGUGUUUUUGGAGCUCAUCACGGGGAGAAAAGCUAUAGAUAACGCUCGAGCACCAGGAGAGCAUAACCUCGUCGCAUGGGCUAGGCCGUUGUUUAAGGAUCGUAGGAAGUUUCCAAAGAUGGCGGAUCCAUCGCUGCAAGGGCGUUAUCCAAUGCGUGGUCUGUAUCAAGCGCUUGCGGUUGCAGCAAUGUGUUUACAGGAACAAGCAGCGACAAGACCGUUGAUAGGAGACGUGGUGACAGCUCUAACUUACUUAGCUUCUCAAACCUUUGACCCAAACGCGCCAAACGGCCAAAACAGUAGAAGCGGUGGCGGUGGCGGGCCGCCGUUUAUCAGGACGGGGGAUGAAAGGAGAAGCUUAGGAGAUGGGAGUAGUUUGGAUAGUCCUGCGGAGACUCGUAGCCGGCUAGGGUCACCGGGGACUCACAAGAACUCUCCUGAUUACAGGAGAAGGGAUAUGGUGAGGGAAGUGAAUGCUGGAUCAGAGGCUGGGAGCGAGGCUGGAGGAGGGUCAGGGAGGAAGUGGGGGUUAAGCGAUGUGGAAGGGACGGAGUCACAGAGAGGGAGUCCAGCGAGUGUUGGGAGGGGAGGGAGAGGGACUCCGAGGAACAGGGAUUUAGAUAGAGAGAGAGCGGUGGCGGAGGCAAAGGUGUGGGGAGAGAAUUGGAGGGAGAGGAAGAGAGGAACCAAUGGACCGGGAAGCUUUGAUAGUUCAAAUGACUGAGAAGGGAAAGAUUUUAAAAGCUUUUGUAUGUUUGAACAUGAGAUAGGUUUUGUCUUUUAUGGCAAGAGGCUUUGUGGUUAUAUGGAACAUUUGUUGGGUCUGGUCGGGUCAGUUGUCGGAUUUGAUGUCUGAGUCAGAGGGGAGACUCUUCAAUGUAUCGUGGUUGAAGCUCAAGAACAAGAAGAAUGGUGAGUAGAGGGAUUAGGAGGGGAAAGAAAAUGGUUCUUUAAGUCAUGUUUUUGUUUUUAUUAAAUGGGUUGUAUAUGUAAUAGGGGAGGGAGAGUCUUGAGUCGAUUUUAAUGUUGUACUGUUUUUAAUGUAUCAUGUGUAUGGAUUAGAGUCUAUGGAAAGAGAGAAAAAAAAAAAGAAACUCCAGCUAAGUCGGCUUCUUUUC